AUGCGUUACAAUUCCGAAUAUGAAGAUAGAAAAACGACCGAUUAUGGACAAAUACUUUUUCCAGAAAAUGAUCGAAGAUCAUGGUAUAUUCGAUUUCCGUUCGAGCCGGUAUUAUCUCUUGAUCAACAGCAGCAAAUAGCAACACCAUUAGUAUCAAUACCUACUGUCCAGCAAUUGCUCAGAAGAACUCCAUUGUUUCCACAGAUUAGUCAACGUUCGUUAGCAUGGCAUAUCGUACAAUUUAUGCGGACGGCAUGGAAUCUACCAACACCGGAAUUGAUCAUAUCUGUGACUGGUGGUGCCAAAUUUUGUAAUUUAACAAGGGAAAUGAGAAAUGCAUUUCAACAAGCAUUAAUAUCAGCUGUAUUAACAACAGAUGCAUGGAUUUUUACUGGUGGCACUAAUUCUGGCGUUAUGAAAGAAGUCGGUAAUGCUGUUGAUAAAUGUCGACAGAAAACUAUUCCUUGUAUUGGCAUAUGUAGUUGGUACUACACAACAGAUUAUGAACAAUUAGAACAAAAUCGCGAUCCAACAACGACUACGGACACAAAUUUGUCGUUAGAGAAAACUUUACGAAAUAGUAUUCGAUUGUAUCGAACACGACAACUACCUAAAAGUGAGGUAACGGAAAGUUUUCCACUGGAUACAAAUCAUACACAUUUCCUUCUUUUGGAUGAUAUGUGCGGUGCGAAUGAUGAAGAUUGGAAAAAAAUGUUUUCAUUAUCGAAAGAAGACGAACAUAAAGGUGAAAUACCUCGUCGUGCAGAUCUUACUUUGAAAUUAAGAGCGGAAAUCGAACAAGAAGCAAGAAAAACAACAGAUGAUGAACAUAAAUCUCUUAUACCAAUUGUUCAAAUUCUCGUAGAUGGUGGACGAUCAUCGAUUUUAACGAUGUGUGAAGCUGUUGCUCUACGAACACCAGUAAUUGUUAUUCAAGUAAUUGCUACAUUAGAUAUCUUCUUAGAUAAACUAACAGCAAAGAUGAACGGAACUGGAAAAGGUGAUCGUAAAUUUGAAAAAUUAAAAUUAGCAAUGGCGUUUAAUAAAUACGACCUUGUAACAUCGACAAUUUUAACCGAUAAUACACGAUCACAAUGGACGGGUUAUGAAUUGAAUAAUGCUUUGUGUGAUGCAUUAAAAUUUGAUUCUAUCCAUUUUAUUGAACUACUUCUUGGAUUUAAUGCAUCAUUCGAUCGUUGUCGAAGAUAUUUGUCAAUAGAUGAGUUUUAUCGAUGUCAAAAGAAAAGUCAUCCAUUACCAUUAAAAAAUGCAAUAUGUUCUGAAGAAAAUUAUUAUAAAACGUAUCUGAAUCAAGGAAAAGAAUAUUUCCACGUUCACGCUCGCAAAAGAUACGAUUCGAUGGAGAUUCCUGAUCAACAAGAGAACAUGUUAAUGUUUAAUAAAAGUGAUAUCGUUCGAGAAUCGGGCUACAUUCAGAGUAUUUCAUUCGAAUAUGAUGAAUAUCCAAGAAAAAUUCAACAAUCAUUCGUAUGGCUCUGUGUUUUAUCACAAUUAGAAAAUGAUACAUAUCAAAUUGUAUUUUCUCAAAAAAUAUUAAUCACUAAUAAUAAUAGUCAAAAUUUAAAAAGAAACUUAUAUGUGGAAAAAGAUCAAUAUUUGGCUAUUUAUUUAUCCGAAGAUUGUGGUACUCUCACUUGUUAUUCCAGUACGGAUCAAGUAUUAUCUAGUGCUAAGUGUAAAAAUCAAUUAAUGAAUGAUGACAUAAAAAAUCCAGUUAAAUUUCAAUUGAUACCGGACCAGGCUAUUGAAUUCAAUUUUACUAUUGAUAUACGAACAGGCUUUCAAUAUUCUGUUGGAUCCUUAUGGUUUUUAUCGUGUUGGACCUGCAUGAAUUGUAUUGUUGCUUUACUACUUGCUCAUAAGAUUUAUCGGAAAGCAGCUUAUUUAAGAAAUGAAAGUAUACAUAAAAAAGAAUUUCUAGAAAAAGCAAAAGAGUUUGAUCAGCAUGCAUCAAGAAUAAUUGACAAAUGUUUUGAUGAAGAUGAACUGUUUGCUAAUGAACUUUUACAAAUGAAUUCAAAAUUAUACUUUAAUUAUAGUCCAUUACAAUUGGCGAAUGAAAUGGAUUGUCGAUCUUUUUUAGCAACGAAAACUGUACAAAAAUAUUUAGAUCAUCAAUGUCAAAAUCUCACUAACGUAUUUUAUAUUAUAUUUUUAUGUUUAUUCAGUUUUGUUCUGCUUGUUGAUUAUUUUCCAUUGAAUACGAAUGGCGGUGUACGUAGUGGUUAUUCAAAUAUUUAUAUCCCCAUUUCAGAACUAUUUGUGCACAUUUGCAUGUGGUGUUUAAUCGUCGAAGAAAUACGAGAGUUUGUUAUCCAUUAUCGAGAAAAAUGUUUAAUGAAUAAUAAACAUCAUAUAAUACGAGAUUAUUUUACUGAUGAUAGCUGGAAUUAUCUUGAUUUUGCUGCCAUUGUCUUCUAUCUUGUUGGUUUUAUAACACGAUUUUUCGUUUGGGAACCAGCCUUUAUCGCAUCAAAAACAUCAUCAGAUAUUCAAUGGCAUGAAAAUUCUCGCAGUUAUACACUAGCGCAAAAUGGUAAAAAUCUAUGGUCAUGGCAAAUCAUAUGGAAUGUAAUCGAUUGGGGAAUGUGGAAAGUGUAUGGACAAGUUGAAUUGAUCGAUUAUAUACAAUCAGAUCGCUCAAUUAUUACCGUCGAAAAAGAUGCCUAUGGUGUAGUAGUAUUUAUAUUUACAAUUAUAUUUGUUUGUAUUUCAAAUGUUUUACUCUUAAAUGUUCUUGUGGCACUAUUUAAUGUAACAUUACACAAAGUUCAAAAUGAUGCUCAUGUUACCUGGGCAUAUCAUCGAUAUCUUUUGGUUAAAGAAUAUUCAAAGAAAUCUCCACUUCCACCACCUCUUAAUGUCAUAUAUUAUAUAUAUCAAUUUAUAAAACAAAUUCUAGAAUUAUUAAAGAGAACUAUUAAAACUGAAACGUAUGGUACACUCGAUAGUACUAUUAAUCUCGAUUCAAAUGUAACAAAUUUAAUUGUAUUUAAUGCAGCUGAUAAAAUUCGACAAUCGGGAGUUAUUAAUUUAAUAUCCAUUAAUUUCUCAACAGCACCAACGGGAAAGUCAGAUAUUCAAUUAUAUACAAUUAAAGCAGUGACGGGUAAUCCAAAUCAGUUUAAAAUUAUCACUCAUUUAAACAUACCGGCAAUCGAAAUUAAACCAGUAUGUGGUAUUCAACAUUUUAAUGUUGACUUACCCGUUGAAACCAAUGGGUACCUUGGCUUCCGUUUUGGUUCCGGUAGUGGCUGUCCAUUCAGCAUAGAACGUAAUCAAUAUUAUGCAAAAUACACUGAACUUCAACAAGCAAUAACAUUUACAAAUUGUCCAAGUAAAGGUAUUACAACUAGUUUUACAGUUAUUCCAAAGUUAAUAGACAAUGUAACAAAAAAUGCAGAAUUGAAAAAUUACACACUUUUUCACAAAAAUCAACAACAACAAACAUUAAUUGAUAAUGAUAUGAGUUUUUGUCGAUUUCAAGAACGUAAUAAUACGUUAAGGGAAAUGACUAUUGCACAAGAAUUCUAUUGGAAAACAUUGUUAACUAGAAUUAAAAGAGACGAACGCGAAAAAAUGUGUAUUCAAGCUGAUCCUCAAUUGAACGACACCUUUCCUUAA